AUGGCCACUGGCAGCACCGGGUGCUUGCCCGGCUUGGACGAUAUCAAUUACUUUGGCAUCGGUACGGGCGCAGAGCUUGCGGCGUCCAGCUACCAAAGCGCCAGGAGCCAAUCGCCUGGCGACUCAAGCAUCAAUCUAGAACUGAGAGGAGAAAUACGCGAAUUCCUGUACCGUCGACCCUCCAUCCAAGACCCACGCCUGCUGCGCUUUCGUCAUUCGGGUGCUCCGUCUCCGGAAUCGCUCUUGGCCGGCGACGAGACUGCAGUUGGAAAUGCCGUUCAGCAGGAAGAAGACGCACAGCAGGUGACACAGCCGAGUGACGACUACCCAGCAACGCCGGAAGCAUCCUCUUCCAGCAGCUUGCGGACGAUCACCACGUUCGCCGGACCCUUAAAGUCGUAUCUGGCGUGUCCUCAAACGCACGAGAAGCGGGCUUUAUCUCUGUUUCGUGAUGAUGACGAUGGCGAACAGGGUCCAGGCUCUUCAGACCGCGACUCCGUCGUCGUAAGCAAGAGAAGAGUGCCUAGCCUGUACAGACCCCCGAACCGAGACUGUUCCCCGCUCAAUGCUGCCGUAAGCGCCAAGAGCUCGAGGUUCGGACACAUGAUGGAGCGCUACUUGGCCUCUGAAGAUAUUCACGAAGACUUGGGAGACCAGUCAGGAGAAAUGGCCUCGAAAGAUGGGUAUGAAGAUAGCCCUGAGGUUCCAAGCCACAACUCCGAGGCAGCUCAGCCAUCGGGGGACGCUCCCUCUGCCCCAGGCCCGUCAAUACCAUUGUCGAUAAGUCAAACGGCAGAUGUCAUUGCCCCCAUUGCUGGAAUACUGGAUGGGCCCAUUGAAGUCGGAGAUGAUCGCCAUAGUGCUGAUUCAGCAAUAUCGGACAUGGAGGCAGACGAGCUCCAUCACCUGUUGUAA